AUGGCAAACGAUACACCAGAGAGUGACUUCUCAAUAGAAUGCUUUCAAAACUAUACAGCGCCGGAGGUUUUCGUCCAAGGCUUAGCAGGAAUGGUAGACCAAAGGGACGUUGAAACCAUAAUACGUGCUCAAAAAGUCAUGCUGCAACGAUUUGAAAAGACAACGGAAAUGCUUACAAAUUGCAACCAACUGUCUGCUAGUAGACUUCGCGCUGCAUCGGCUGAGUUCAAGAAGCACACGCAACUCUUGCUAGAUAUGAAAAAAGAUCUCGAAUUCAUAUUCAAAAAGAUCCGUGCUAUGAAGACAAAAUUAGGUCAACAAUAUCCAGAAGCAUACAAAAUGGCUUUGGAAGCUUCAUUGGCUGACAAGAAACCGAUUGAAGAUGAUGACGAGAAUUUUGGCCCUUCCGAGACCAGGGUGCAGUCCAAAAUGGUGGCAACGGUGUCAACGGAAACUUUAAAACCAACAACAAGUGAAGAGGGUAAAAAAGCAAAGAAGAAAGAUCUGAAGCAGAACUUUGAGAAUGAUCCAGAGGCAAAUACCAGUAAGAAAAGCACUGCUAGUACAGCAACAUUCCAAAUGAUGGGCAAACAAGUAAAAGUGAAGAGAGGUAGUAGUUCCUCGGAGACUGAGAGUGCUAGCUCUGGAGAUGACAGUAGCACAGACACCGGU